CGCGAUUCCCUCGAUCAAUCGAUUUAGAACAAUUAUAAACUACUAUCGAAGCACAUUGUUCAGUAAAGGUUACUGCUAUGAUGGUAUAGGAAUGUGCAUUGGAGAUACAAUAUUGCGUUAUGUUUUGUUUUGAAUUUUGUGUUUGUGUGCGGAAAAAAUGCGUGUCAAGGAAUCAUUUUUACUUGUUCCUCUGCACUGUUUACUGAAGGUCUACGAUUUUGUGCAAUAGCAGUCAUGUUUAAUUUCACGAAAGAGAAGUGGCCCUCCAUAAGUGGAGUACAAGAUGUGAAGAGUUCCCUGUUUCUGAAAGCAGACAUGAAAUCUUCAGCUGAUGAAACACUUCAGAACUUAGCAGAUUCAUAUGGCAUCAAAGAGGAGUUUGGUUGUUUGUCAACUAGCGGCCUUACGAGGCUUCAGUCCACUGAUGCUCCAAAGAAAGAGAAGGAAGCAGUACAACCGCAGCAGCAGGAUCAGUUGCAGCCAUUAUGCCAUAAGCAAAACCAAACUGAUAAUGAGCAGAAGGAAAGCAGCUUUGCUCAUUCUAGAGAAAGGUCAGUGUCUAACUCAGGAAGAGAAGGUAGCAGUGACCGAACACAGAAGUUUCCAUACAAUGCUCAAGACAUGAGAAGUAUAAUGAGUGAACCAUAUACAUAUUUCUACUCUGGAACACCAACUAUGGUUCCGCCAUACAUGCAGUAUAAGGAGGAAUAUGAUAGGAUAAUAGAGAGGACGUUAUCUAGUGGAAUUUUUUCUCAGUCUCACGGUGCAGUGAGUAAGGAACCUUUCAAUAAUCCAAGUGUAGUGAAUAAAGUGACACCUGCAAAACUGAGUUCAGAUGCUCGUGCAUUGGCAGCCAAAAGGAUUCACCCUUGCAAUGUGUGUGGGAAGUCCUUCACAAAAGUGUACAGCUUGACUACCCAUCAGAGAAUCCACACUGGUGAGAGGCCAUACUCUUGUCCAGAGUGUGGCAAGGCCUUCACAGAAGGGAGCAAACUGACUAAACACAGGCGCAUCCAUUCUGGAGACUGGCCUUAUACUUGCCCACAGUGUGGCAAAGGAUUCUCGGAUUCCUACAACCUCGCUCGUCACCAUCGCAGUCACACAGGAGAGCGGCCUUACAGCUGCCCGCAGUGCGGCAAGGGCUUCUCCGACUCGUGCAACCUCGUCCGGCACCAUCGCGGUCAUACGGGCGAGCGCCCUUUCAGGUGUGAAGAGUGUGGUAAGGCUUUCUCCCGAACUUCGCAGUUGACAGAGCACCGCCGCAUCCAUACCGGUGAGAGGCCCUACCAGUGUCAGCAAUGUGGAAAGUGCUUCUCACAGUCUGGAAAACUUACUAAGCAUAAGCGGGCUCACAGCAGUGGAGUAGGAAGUGGAGGCAGUGGUGACAGACCUUCAAGUGCUAUCAGUUGUGAGCCUGUGAAUGCACUAAGCAAGCCAAAACUGAGCACUUCACAACACCCAGUCCCACCCAUCACUGGCGAGAGGCCUUUUCCUUGUCACCAGUGUGGGCUGACAUUUGCGCGUCCGGACUUUCUAAGGAAACAUAUAUGCUCCAACAAUGAUGACCAACAAGCACUGUGUCCACAUUGUGGGAAGCUGUCUUCACGUGUUUGCACACACAUUUGUGAACAGUACUGCAGAUGUGAUGAUUGUGAGACAGAGUUUAUUCAUGGGAGACAUCAAACAACACAUGAAGUGAGUGAACAAGAAAAAGAUGAUAAUACUUCAGACCAUAACAGGAUACUGGCACUUGACAACCAAUUAGCAAUAUCUUCACAAGUGCAUCUGACAGAAACUAUCAUAAAACUCCCUUUGGAGUGUGACAUUUGUGGCUGGGCUUGCUCAAAACCUUCUGAUCUUACAGCACAUAAGAAAACACAUGCAGGGCAGCGACCAUUCAAGUGCCGUCUGUGUGAGUGGACAUUUGCUCGUUCCUGUGGUCUUAUGAAACACAUGCGCACACAUACUGGGGAACAACCUUUCUUAUGUCCUGUGUGCUGUGAGAGUUUUACUACCACAUACAGUCUCAGUAGACACAAGUGCUGUCCAAGGGAUACUAAGCAGCUUUAAGAACCACCAAUUUUUUCCCAUAUGUUUUUAUUAAUGUUGUGAUAAUUGUAAUGAGAUUUUUCUUAAUGGUAUAGAUGAAAUGUGUUAUUGUGAGGGCCAAGAUUUCCUUGUAAAAAGUGAGUGGUUGCCUCAGUCCCAUUGUAAAAAGAAAAAUAAAUUAAUGGAUUAAAAUUCUUAAUAAGAUCUGUUGGCACUUUUCUUUACUUUA